AUGCCAAGCAUUUCAUUCAAGACCGUCUUGGUGGUAUCCGCUGCCUUAUCCUAUCCUCUGACCAAAACCAGCGACUCGACAUACCCAAUCGUCUUCUGCCGAGUAUUCGGUACAUGCCUGUUGCUAUGGGUCAUCUAUCGAGGCAUCCUAUACCCUAACCUGCUCUCACCUUUGAGACAUCUACCGACUGUAGAUGGCAACGCGUGGUGGAGCAGACAGUCGUUACGGUUAAUCUCUGAACCGAAAGGUCUUCCCCAGAGUGACUGGGUUGAACAAGUUCCACACCAUCAACGUGGCCUCGUUCGCUACAGAACCGCUCUCAACCAGGAGAGGCUUAUUGUAGCGAGUCCGGAGGCGUUGGCGGAGGUGCUCACAACCAAAAAUUACCAUUUCAAGAAGCCGCAGAUUGUCGCGAAUGCGCUCAAGCCAAUUGCUGGGGCGGGUAUCCUACUAGCCGAGGGAGAUCACCACAAAGAGCAGAGGAAGACCCUGUUGCCAGCUUUCGCAUAUAGGCACAUUAAGGAUCUCUAUGGGCUGAUGUGGGAUAUCUCGAGCCAUGCCGUCACAUCAUUAACAGAAGCCGUUGCUACCAAGUCCAAAGCGGACCAGCAGCCAUACACUAUUGACAUGAUGCAAUGGGCGAGCAAAGUUACGUUAGAUAUCAUCUUUGUUGGAGGCAUGGGCCAGAGCUUCGAGUCCGUCCGGUGCGAAGACCGCGAUUAUAUGACCCUGCGACGGAUUUACAAGACCGUAUUUAGUCAGAGCAUACAAGAUCUGAUCAUGUUCAUCCUCCGCGUAUGGAUCAUGCCCUACUGGAUGGUACAAUACGUCCCUCUCAAGAGGAACGUCGAACUUCAAGAGGCAGCACGGACACUGCGUGACAUAUGCAGGCAGCUCAUUCGCCAAAAAAAGAGUGAUCUUGAAUCAGAGGUGGCAGAUAAAGGGGAAAAAGACAUACUAACUGUGGCCCUUAACUACGGUGGUUUCACGGAAGAUGAGCUUGUCGAACAGCUUCUCACGUUCCUGGCAGCGGGCCAUGAGACUACGGCAACGGCGUUGACGUGGGCCGUCUAUGUUCUCAGCAAGAACCACGAAAUGCAAACGAGGCUUCGAGACGAGAUUCGCGCUCACCUUCCCAGUCCGUCCUCUUCCAAGUUGAAAACAUCCGAGGAACUAUCCGCCGUUAUAGACAACAAUAUGCCCUACCUUCAGGCAGUUUGCCUGGAAGUGCUACGUUACUUUGCACCAGUACCCAUAACCUCUCGCGAGGCUGCCGUGGACACGUCGAUUAACGGGACGCCUAUCCCAGCCGGCACCAUACUCGCCAUCUGCCCUCGGGCUACGAACCACGACUUAUCACUCUGGGGGGACGAUGCGCAAAUUUUCAACCCCGAUCGGUACCUGUCGCAACCCAAAAGAGCAGAAGUUGACCCCUUGGAUGAGAGCGAGCACUCUAACAAGCAUACUGGCACUAGAAGCAACUACGCGACAUUGACUUUCUUACACGGCCCCCGGAGCUGCAUAGGCCAGUCAUUCUCCAAAGCAGAGCUGGCCAUCUUGCUCGCAACGCUAGUAGGCAGGUUUGAGUUCUCACUGGUCGAUGAAUCACUCCGGGACGAGGCGAAGAUUAAACUCAGGAAUGGCGCGACAAAUCGGCCGGCCAACGGUAUGCACGUGAAAGUUCAGCUUGUGGAGGGCUGGUGA